AUGGAGCUUUCUCAACUUGGUUUUCUUGAUGAACUACUUGCUCCGAGAAAAGACACUUGGAAUGCUUUGUCCACUGGCUUGAAUGAGUUACUUCCCAGUGGUUGGAGCUUUGACUCUUUUGAUGAGAACCAAAGUUUAGCAACUUUGAAUCCAUCAUUUGCUGCAUUUUCGACUCCAAUAGACCAAAGAUUUGAAUGUCCUUAUGGAAGUGAAACAGCAUACCCUUUUGUUGAUGGCUUCACAUUGCCAGAGCUUGAUUCAUCAUACACUAGGAAUGAUGAGUCUGCACCACUUUUACCUCAAGAAGAUAAUCCCUCAAUGGAGGAUGAAGAGUUUGGCUUUCUGGGUAGCGAUAACAUGAAUUUGGAACAAACAAAAAGUGGCUGCAAAAUUGAGGAACAAGUGACAGAGAUUCCGGUCUUCAACAUGGGCAUGUGUGGAGAGAAAAGGCCCAAAUCCAAGAAACUAGAAGGGCAGCCUUCAAAGAAUCUCAUGGCAGAAAGAAGGAGAAGAAAGCGUUUGAAUGAUCGCCUUUCCAUGCUGAGGUCAAUAGUCCCUAAGAUCAGCAAGAUGGACAGGACCUCCAUUCUUGGAGAUACCAUUGAUUACAUGAAAGAGCUUCUAGAAAGGAUAGGUAAGUUGCAAGAAGAAGAGAUGGAGGAGGGAACUAAUCAGAUAAACCUUUUGGGCAUUUCUAAGGAGCUGAAGCCAAAUGAAGUAAUGGUAAGAAAUUCCCCCAAGUUUGAUGUUGAGAGAAGAGACCAAGACACAAGGAUCAGCAUCUGCUGUGCCACAAAGCCAGGAUUACUGCUGUCAACAGUGAACACCUUAGAAGCAUUAGGCCUUGAGAUUCACCAGUGUGUUAUAAGCAGUUUCAAUGAUUUUUCAAUGCAAGCAUCUUGCUCAGAGGCAGUAGAGCAGACAAAUUGUAUGAGCCCGGAAGAUAUAAAGCAAGCACUAUUCAGAAAUGCAGGUUAUGGUGGAAGAUGUCUCUAGGAGAAAGAUGGAAAACUGAUAUA